AUGUGCACCGCACCUUUUGACACAACUGGCUACAGCGUCAAGGAGGACUCCUUGGCGAUGCAUAGCUUUUGGGUCACUGCCAGAUGUUCGAGCGGAUGGUUUGGCACAGCGGCGGUCAAAGCCUGCAGUGAACCUGGUACAGAAUAUCAACUUGAAGGUUGUCACAAUGACUGCUUUGCUCCAGAGAGCACCGAAGGCUACGAAGUGAAGGAGAAGAAUCUUCGCAUAAGAAGUUUUGACGUCGAAGCCUCAUGUGUCCGAGGAUACAUCGGAACUGCGUCAGUGCUUCCUUGUAGCGCAGAAACCCGGAUGUACCAAUUGAGAGGCUGUCAAGAGGAUUUGCGGAUGUGCAAGGCUUCUUCAAACACUCAGGGAUACGUGAUCUUUGAACGUGACCUUGUGGUGAGCAUCUUCAACGUCUCUGCGAGAUGUGCUGAGGGCUGGACUUCGGCACCUGGUGAGGAUGUCAAGGUUGCUCCAUGCACAGCCAACAAUGGGCUCUAUCACCCCUCCGGCUGUGUUCCAUCAAAAUAUUGCGUGUCCCCAAACACCGUGGGUUACGUCGUGGAUGAGAAGCAGUUGUUGGUGUCCCACUUUAAGGUGGAAGUGUCCUGUGCCGCUGGCUACGCUGGCAAGCCUAUAGCAUCAACCUGUCAGGAUGAUGGCAGACCAUAUGCUCUUGCAGGCUGCGCGGUGGACACCAACCCGUGCGUCGCUCCAAGCAACACCGCGGGGUACAUAGUCAAGGAGCAUGAUCUCAUCAAAAGCACCUUUAACGUGGAAGUUUCUUGUGCAAAGGGCUACACUGGGGAUGCAAUUGUGGAGGAGUGCCCGUCACCAGGCAGUGCCUACCGUUUGAAAGGUUGUAUUUAA